GUCACUUGCCACUUCACUUUCAAUCCUCUCUCAUAUCGAAACCUGUCGAAGACGCGUGCCUGAGGGACAAUCUUAACAUCAUGGGUUAAUAGUUCUGAAGCAUCGAAGCUUGAAGUCUCAUUAUCUGCUUAACGCCGAUGGCCAAGGGUUACUUUGGGUUUACAUACAAGCUGCUUAGGCCUCUGUGCGUCGUGGUCAGCAGUUGUCGGGAGAGCAGGUGCUAUGUUCUCACAAACACAUACUAGCGCCACGUUACCGUGUCUCCUGGCGGCCUGGAAAUAUUUCUUUCCAUGACCGUGGCAGCAUGAUGCUGUCAUGUUGAUGACCUUCCAGCCUUUCUCCGACGCAUUUUCUUAUGCCGGCUUGUCUGUCUGUACCGGCUGGCUGGCACGAUCACGCAGUCCGUAAUCUCGGAAGAGGUUCGUCUAAAAUCCAACAAGUCUCUCAGCGCACCAUCUCGGCGUUUAACCUUGUUCUAUAAUCCAACCAGAAGCCAUGCUAUUCCAAAUACCGACUUCUCACAGCGCCAGCACCUCCUACUAUUCUAGGUUAUCCUUGUCGCGAUAUUGGCCUUGAAGCCCAUUAAUUAUGUUACGAAUCACAUUGGUCACCGGCGGAUGUAUAAGGACGUGAACUAUCGAACUAAAAUCAAACAGUCUCAGGUGGACACACUGGAUGUCUCCUGCUAUUGUUGGGAAUCCUGGAGUGCCUUUCAUUCGAUAUCUUCCGAUUAACAACGGCGCAUGUUGCGGGUCAGGUACUGCUCGAGUGACAGCCUAUCUAACAUCCAAACUAGGCGGUCCGAUAACUGAUGGUACCGAUCUGGCUCAAUUCGAGGCUUUAACGCACGACGUCACAUCACAACAUACUAUACAAUUGACUGUAUUGUCGGCUUUCCGGCGUAUAUCUCGCGUUGGCGACCGUGGUCAAUACAGUUCGACGGCUACAAAAGCUGUGCGUGAGCUCAGUCGAUUGAGACGGCCAAUACAUUGUCUUGUACUCUUAAGAGUUAGAUAUUUGUCAGGUCGGGUGUUGAGACGUGGACGUUCAGGAACAUGGUUCGACCUCGGUAUGUCGGAAAAUGUGGCAGGGUCAACUGACCUUUGUAGAUACGAGUCUCUCACCGUCUUUCACCUGCGAAAUUGGUCGUACCUACCUCUCCAUCCAUGACAUAUCGGACGUAUUCA